UAGCUGAUACUCUUCAAGUUUCCUCUUCCCUAAUUCGUGCCAGAAUCCCGGGUCAAGGCUACUGCUGAAAGGAAGGAACUGCAACACGUUUCUGCCCUCACCACCGGACGCCAUUUUGACCCUAGCAGCUACGCCCUCUUUUCUGGCAAACGUAAUAUGACGUAUUCUCCUACGCUUAAGAGGCGUGGUCUAAUAAACAUGGCGGAUCUUGAGGAGGAACAGGAUUCUAAAGGUCCUGAAAAGGCAGAGCAGGAUUGGUAUAUAGAUAUAGGAGAGGGCCAGGAGCAAGCCAGUGGUACUAAUGUAAUUCCUCCUUUGGAGACUAACAUCAGUCCUGAAUCAACUAAUGAGAGUAGAGGAGGAGGAGGUGAUGGGUUGUUGACUGAUGACUUAAGAUCACAACUGAGUAAAGAAAUGGCAGGACAUUUGUGGCAGGCUGGUAAGCAGUCAACCCAGAGGUUCAUCAAUACCUAUGCUCAUAUUGAUGUACUGAGACCGUACUUUGACGUGGAGCCUUCUCAGUUUAGAGAUAGGUUAAUUUAUUCUUUUAUACCAAACGUCAAAGUUGGUGCCCCACAG